AUGCCAUUUCCUCAUAAACUCCGUCAAGAGAAAAAAGAUAAACAGUUCACCCGUUUUGUGGAGUAUCUCAGAACACUAGAGAUCAAGAUUCUUUUUGCAGAAGCUCUUGAACAGAUACCUUCUUAUGCUAAGUUCUUGAAAGACAUCUUAAGUCAUAAGAAGAAUUGGAGAGAGACAGAAACAGUCCUCCUCACUGAAGAGUGUAGUGCAAUCAUUCAAAACAGCUUACCAGAGAAACUUAAGGAUCUUGGAAGCUUUAUGAUACCAUGCACUCUAGGUGAUGCUUGCACAAGGACAGGCCUAUGUGACCUUGGAGCAAGCAUUAACCUAAUACCUGCUUCAUUAAUAAAGAAGCUUUUCUUGACUGAUAAAGUCAAACCAACCCGCAUACGCCUUCAACUUGCUGAUGGUUCUAUUAAGAUACCAUCAGGCAUAAUUGAAGACAUGAUUGUGAGGGUUGGACCCUUUGCUUUUCCCAUUGACUUUGUGGUGUUGGAUAUGGAAGGGCAUAUGAGUGCAUCCCUUAUCCUAGGGAGACCCUUCCUAGUUACAGGACAGACACUCAUUGAUGUUGAAAAAGGGAAAGUAACCUUGAGUGUCAAUGAGAAAAAGUUUGUACUGAAUGUUGUCAAAGCUAUGCAGCAUCCAGACACCCCAAAGGAAUGCAUGAGCAUUGACCUUAUAGAUUCCCUGGUGGAAGAAGUAAACAUGGUCGCGGAGCUCAAAGAAGGGCUGAACGACAUCCUUACUGAUGCCCAGCCUGAAUUAGGGAAACCUCUUGAAACUCCUAAGGAAAAGGAGAAACCCCCAAAGUUUGAGCUCAAGCCAUUACCAUCUUUCCUGAAAUAUGCAUUUUUGGAAGAUGAAUAUACUAAUUUAAGUGCUAAUUUAAGUGCUCAAAACACACAUGAUCGCCCUUGGGUGGACCAUAAGUGA